ACUUCGUUCUGCCGGUUCGCGAUUGACUAAAAAUGCCAGUGUUUAUUUCGCAGAUUAACCUCGAAAUCUCCCCAAAUUUCUUCUGAAAUCUGCUCCAACAAUAAGAGCGUAUUUUUUCCGAUUCAAACGCAUCGCUUCUGAUAUAUUGUCGACGCAUAGUUGCAAUGCCUCUGCGAAGAAGGGCGAUUUAUGCGGCCGUAGUUUGUUGUCAUUCAAUACUAUGCGUGCUUGCCCCAAAACGGGGAGUACAGCGCUCGGGUGUGAUUCUUGAGCGCUUGUAGGCCGUGUAGACAAUGCAAGCGCGGUAACCGAGUGAGCAGGUAGCCUUCUAGGCAUUUUCACAACAAAACCUCGCUCAUUUCUUCGAGGGAAAACGAAUAUGGGCGAAUACUCGAACGAAAACAAUAACUUAGGGGAAGAAAUGAAGCUAAAACUAUAAAAACAGAGUCGCCCGAUGGUUCGUGGGUUUCCACGUAAUAGCAUAUUUAAGACAUUGCAAUGGCGUCGUCAACUAAGAACGAAAAAAUCGAGAAAGAACGGCCAACAACGAUGUUUGAGGGCAAAAAUAUCCACUCGUCGCCAGUGGACGGCAAGUUGUUAUGUAGCUUUAGCGAGAAGACGUGUAUGCAACGGCGUUUGAAUCAUUAUGCUUUCUGUAUUCGUCACGUCUUGGAGGAUAAAAAUUCCCCCUUCAAACAGUGCAAUUUUGUCGCAAAAUAUAAUGGACAACGAUGCACAAAUGCCAUUCCAUUGAAAGAGGAUCGAAUAUAUUGCAAUAGUCAUCUGCAAGUAUUAGGGCUAGUCCCGAAAAAAAGUCGAAAGAAAAAAGCCAGCGAGCAGAGCUUAAACACGGCCAAACCAAAUCCAAAGCCUUCAACAGCGGAAAUUUUACUGCCAAGUCAUUGUGCCUCACAAAAUAUUUUAUCAAAGCGGGGUGAAGGGGCCAUUGGAUGUAAUGAAACUUCAAGACAUUCAUCAGAACAUCGAGCUUCUAAGAAAGUUGAAUUAUUGACAACUAAUCCGCUGUUGUCCAAGCUUGUUAGCACCUAUUCUCAAGCCAAUUUUCAGAAACGAAAUUUGCUUCCAUUCUAUGGUAUAUCUAGUUCAGAUGAAAAUGAAUCUGAUGAUAAUGAUGACAAUUUACAAUUAAAGAAGAGGCAACUAAAAACUUGCACAGCCUCAGAAACUGAAAGUUCAAGCAAAAAGCAUUUAGCAGAUGUCAAACAAAAUUCCAGAUCGGCUAAACUGCAACGAUUACGCAAACAGUUACAUGCAGAACUUCUGGGUGUAAGAAAAACAAUCAUUUCUCACAACAAAGAUGUAAAGCAGUCUGAUGAAGCCCUUCGUUUACUAAUGACUGCAGUUAAAACCAACCCAGCUCUAACAACGUCAGCAAUUCACAAUGAAAACAAUUAUGUGAUGAGAAAACGUAAACGAUCUACUUCAGCAAGACAAGAUUUCGUGACUUGCACAGCUCAAGUACCAGGAAAAAUGAAAUGUGAACGACGCUCAAUUCCUUACACGAAGUUUUGCUAUCAACACAUAUUGAAAGACGAAAAACAGCAAUUGUUUCAACAUUGUACCGCCGAUAUCUCGCCGACGUCUAAAUGUGCGCGAACCAUAUUAGAUCUUCUUCACGAUAGACCACUAUGUCGCGAACAUUCAACAGGACAGGUCGCGAGUCAUCCGAUGGCGCCGCCGGAACACGCAAUUAUUCCCCCGGUGCAGAUACCUGUUCCAAAACCAGCAAAGAAACCAAGGAAAAAGCAACAAGUAAAGGCCGCCCCAGCUCCAAAACCUGCAAAAUCAAGUCGUAAAAGCACGAAAAAAGAUUCCAACAAGGCUGGCAAAUCUGAGAGAAGCAAGAAAGGAAAUAGUCAACCAGUAUCUGGUAAAGUUAAACAGGAGCUUGUGCUUAACCGUACAGUGAAAGACUUAAAUUUCCAGAAAUCGAUCUUUCCCACGGAAAGCUUAGAAAGAGAUCAACAGCUGUCGAUAUACCCUAUAAAUGGGACCAUCAAGUUAGAGCAGCUAUCUUCGAACAAGAACGACAUGUUUGAUAAUGACAGUUAUAAGGAUGAAGAAAUGUUUGACGAAAAUGAAAUGGAUGUAGACGAUGGCCUAGAUAACGAUGAUUUAUCAGAAGAUCUUGGUGAUAUUACCCCGACGGGAUUACUGCGGGAGACCGUAUUGAAACUGCCACCGGAAAGCCCUGACCCAAUAGUUAGUUCACACACACAAACCCGUGUCUCGCCUGUCGAACCCUUUUCUUUAAACUCUAUCAACGAAGGCAGUUUUCACAAACCUAUCGUUAGUGGCAACAGAAUAGAGCUUCCGAGAAAGGAUGGUCUAUGCACAAACGAUAUUUCAACAAGAGUGAAUCCUGUCCUACGACCUUCGCGUACUACUGUCAUCACGUUACCAAAAUACUCGAGUGCACAUGCCGUUCCCUUAACGAGACAAAUCUCCCCUGGGAUAAACACGGACUACAACGCGUUCAAGCCGAUCGGGCCGGCCGGUAUUAAGUCAGAAGUUGGUACAAAGAAAUCAGACCCCCGACCCAUCGAUGUAAACCACGGACUUCAGUUAUUCCCGUUAUCCUUCGACCCAGUUUUGAAUUCAUCAGUUGCGUGGGGCGGCGGGGGAAAACUUUUGCUAAACAACAGAGCACGACCUUUGUUGCUGACCUCUCAUCAAAUGAACCCUAUAACGUUUUCUCCACCCUCCUUAUCCCCGCAUGUCUCGCCUCAAAUCGCGCUGGGAACGGCCUUUAAUUUUGAUCGGCCCACCGUGUUACAGCACUCAAAUAGUCCCUCUCCAACGUUGAGCCCCUUCAGCGCCCACUUACCAAAUUCUCCGCACGGUAAGCUGGUCCCACGAACGUUGCGUUUGGAAAGUCGAGGUAGUUCAAAUUCCAGCGACAUUCACGAUCCGUUUUUUGGCACGUCAUUUGACAAGCCGUGAAGGUGUUGUAACGCAUUUUUUUAAAGAUUCCCUAUAGAUGUUAAGUAUCAUCUCUAAACUGCGACAAAUUAGAUUGUACAUAGUUUUAGACAAAUUCUUCUUGUAUGCAGUAUUAGAAGGUAAAAUGUAAAACAAUUUACAAUAAAUAUUCUGUCAAAUA